GCUACUUGUUUAACUUGAAAUUUUUAUGAUGAGUGGUUCAAGACCGCAUAUCAGUAUCACCUUUCGUAAAUCAAAGAAGCCACAACUCAAUGACAGUGUUAGAAUCAUGCGAAAUAGGGGGUUGCUAAAUACAUCGAGAAGAUUACUGCAAAAGUCAGUCAAUCAAUCUUUCACUUCAGCCACCUCUCUCCGUGCUAAUAAUGCUUCAUUAGCGAAAAAACUAGCCGAAUUGCAAGUUGAAUUAAAUAACCAGAAGAUGGCUACACAGCAAGCGAAUAUUGAACUAUUGAAUUGUCGUAUGGAAGUAGUCCGUUUACAAGCGUAUAAAGAAGCCAAAGAGAGAAUCAAGGUAUCUUAUACAAAUUGAUCCAUUAAUAAACUGUAAAAAUUGUAAAAAGAACGAAAUUUACCGAGUAAAAUGAAUUCGUCAAUCUAUUUUAAGGCUUCUUAUCCACUGUAAAUAGCAUCAAAUUACGAGGGAUUGUCUAAUUAUAAAUAAAGGUUUGAUGUGCUUUAGUUAGUUGAGCUAAGUGAAUAACGCCACGGCGUUUAACGCUAAACGGUAUCGGGUACGAGUCCCGACGUUAACAUCAAUUCUGGGAUACAGGUACAUCUAGCUGUCGAGUUUCAAACGAUUCUUGUUUAGUUUAGAUAAAGUUAUUAAGUAAUUUUAUACUAUUUCUGUAUGUAGUCAUGUUCCCCCUUCUUUUUUUCAAAUAAUAAAAUAAUAAUUGUUAGGCUUGUAUUCUAAACGUACAUGAAUUAUUGUGUUCACAAAUUGAAAUGGGAAUGUCCAUGAUGAAUUAUGUGAAAGAUUCAAUAUCGGUAUUGGAUAAAAAUGAUUCAUUGGAGUUAUUGUCAAAUCCUACAUCAAGUCUGCUUGGUGAAACAGUAGUUGAUCCAAAUGCAUUUGAUUCUGUUUGUAGAAAAGAAUUUACAAAGCCUGCUCAACAGAUAACAGAACAGAAUGUUCGUCAACUAUCUAUUGUUUAUCCUGAAGUUCAAUCUCCAUCAUCAUCCACUUCAUUAAUAACAGGUCCGGUGAAAAUGGCAUUCAGUCCUAACGAUCACAGUAUUGCUAAGAAUAUUAGCACUAAUCAUAGUAACAAUAACAGAUUUAAUGUACAACCGAUACCUCUUAUUGAAACAUUAAAUACUGACGUAAAAUCAUCACAGUCUAUCCGUCAGGAACCACUAGAACCAUCUUGUGAAGAAGUUUUACCUGAAAUACUGACUAGUCCAAUAACUUGUAUUUCUGAAAAUAAUAUUGCAAGCAAAAGAUGUCCUCCAAUAGUAGAUACUAAUGUAAAUAAUGUUGAUUUAGACAAUGAUAAUCAUAUUGAUGAUACCUGCAAAAGCAUUAGUCCUAUACAUUUUUCAGUUCAAAGUUUACCACAAUCGUGUGUUUCUGUAAAUAAUAAACCUUCCGUUAUUGAUUCAAAGAAUAUUGAUCAACUGGUCGUUCCUAAUCUUGUCAUUAGUUGCAAUAGUAAGAACAAUGAAUGUGUAGUUAACCCUGUUGAUCAUCAUGAAAUGCAGUCAGCUCGACCUCAUCUGGUGCGUCAAGCUCGACUAAAUUCUAAACCAAUCAUUGACACAUCAUCUUUUAUGGAAUCGUUUAUUGUUAAAACAACAACAAAAGAAAAGAAGAAAAAAUCAGGUAAACAUCGCCUGAUUCGUGUCAGAGAUAGUGAUGAUGAAGGUGAAAAUGAUAUCAACAUUAAAGGUGAUAAAUUAAAAAAUAAUAUUGGUGUUGUUGGUGGCGAUGAGGAUGGAAGUGGCCGAGUGAUUGAAACCUGUUUCCGUCGGCCUGGUGAACUUGUAUUUAGAGUUGAUUCAAAAAAUGUCAAUCCAUCAUCAACGAUUGGUGUCAGUGACAAACAGACAACUCGAUCCAAGUCGAAAUUACCAACAACGACAAUCAAUCAACAGUCAAGAUCGAAAUCAAAACCUCAAACUACUACUACUACUACUGCUUAUAUUAAUAGUACCAAUAGUAGGAAGACUAACAAAGAUGUGAAUAGUAAUGAAUUUAAAAAAUUGUCGAAAGUAGUUGGAACGGAAAUUAAAACAGUGAAUAUUUUCGAUUUAUCAAUGAAUCGAACUGCUGAUCUAUCUGUUCUUCCGCCUACUUUAAAUGAUUUACGCAUUAAGCAUAAAGAACAACAACAACAACAAGUGAACUCAAACACUGAAGCCCAGAAAGAUACCACUGCCAAGAUGGCGAUGACGACAAGGAAACGUUCUGUUCUUGGUGAAUUACAACAACAAGAUGAUAAACUCUAUUCUGUUGUAAAGAAUAAUAAUAUUGUAGAUGAACACCGUCGUCUUUCAGUUGUCUUGACUCCAAUAUGUGAUGAAAAUCAACCUCCAUUCGAUGCACCAAUAUCCAAUUCAAAAAAUAAUAAACGUCAAUUUCGUCGAUUAUAUUUAUUCGAUCAAGAGAACGAAGACAACGAUGAUAAUGGCAAUGACGUUGAUAAUGGUUAUAGACUUAAAAAUAUGAAAGCUGACGUUGGUAAUACUGAAGGUAAACAAUCAAAAGAUAAUAACCCAACUUCUUCGAUUGGUAAGCUCGGUAAUAAUCGUAAUAGUAAUCUACCAAUGACGAUCAACCCUAAAGUAACUACUAGUCGAUCACGAAAAAGGAAUUGAUUGAAAAGAAAAGCUCAUUAAUGUCCUGUUGAGUUAUUUUAUCCCAAUGCAAAAGUAUCUUUUUUUAUUUUGAAUAAAUGAAAUAGACACUCUUAUGGUUGUGUAUAUAUUUUCUAUGAAAACAGCAUACUCAGUUAUAUAGAAUUGACUUGUCUAUUAUUCUUUGUAAAUUUAAAUGAUUAACUUCAUGUUAUCCGUAGUUAUUACAGGAUCUAAUAUAUUUUAUUAAAGAUUUUUAAAUGGUGAAUAAUUUUUCUUUAAAAAAACAAACAAUACAGUUUACUUGUUUUAAAUCGACCUAAUGGCGUUAACUGUACAUUGAAUUUUGUUUAUAGAAACUAGAAACUUCCUAACAGAAAUAUCCCAUUUUAUUUUUGUCGAAGUGUUUGUUACUGGUUUUUUAUGUGUGUUUAUCUUUUUUUUUUAUAAUUUUCAUUGUUCAUCUUAAUUCUUGUUUAAAUUAAUCACAAUAUUCUAAUUCUUUGUUGAUGAUCAUACGAUACUUGUUAUAUCCAAUGUUACACAAUUAAAGAAAAUAGUCUUUUUUU